AUGUCUAGUCAAUCAGAUAGUGAUGUAAGGCCCACACCUACGUUAAGAUUAAGUGAUCAAGAUGUAACCACUGUCUUGCUAGUGGAUACAAAAGACCGAGCUGCCCAUGGAAAAUUCUUCAACAUAAAACCGGAAGUUGGACUUUUGAAAUCCACCGCACGUACCUUCAUCCAGGAGGGUGUCACGACGGAAUACGCGACCCAAGUGGUGGGCACCACUCUCGAAAAUGGACUUUACGCCCAACUACUUGCGACAACGUCACGUGUAUUAUAUGACCACGACAAUGGCGCGACCAAAAUUCCCGCCCUACAGUAUCAUCAGUACAAUGAAAUUACGCCCGUUGACCAAAAAGACCAAUGGAAUGGACAAUUCAUUAAGAACACAGACUACAUUUCUCCCAAUAAUCCUUUCGUCGUGUAUCCGUCGCGUCACAACUACGAUGCUUUCGUUGCCAAUCGUCAGGCAAAAGAGCUCGAACGAAAUGUUGUGACAAUCGGACAACACGAACUCCUUCCCGAAAGUCAAGCUCAGGUUGCACCGCGUCGCGAAUCCCCGUCAGAAUCACUUGUGAGUUCUGAAAGUAACUCCGCCAAAGUCGAAGAAAUAAUUUCGCCGAAGAAAGUUAUUCCUGAUUCAAAUUUGCCCACAUUUACCGUCUCAAAUGUCUUUGCCCCGAGUGCCUUUACUGCUGAUGACGAAAUUGUGACAGAACGCAAUUCGCCAACAACUAAGUCCGAUCGUAUUGCUAAAGUCCUCUUCCGUGGCGGUGUUCCAGAGCAAGAUUUGAAACACUUGAGUACUGUCACGUAUUACGGUUUUGCUGAUUUCACGACAAUCGUCGGCGAUACAAUGAUUGUUUUCUCUCCAAGCACUGCUGCCCCAGCAACUGGCGGUCAAGCUACUUCCAUUAGAGGUGAAGCCACGUUACAAGAGUCUGUCGUUACUUCAACGAAGACUUUUGUUUCGCACGAACGCGAAAUGGUUACUGAAACUGUGCCCAAAAACGACGUCGUCAUGCAAACGAAAAUCCCAACCUUUGUCGUUGAACCGGUAACGCCAAGUCGCGACAGCAAAGAAAUGGAAGACGAAGAAGAUUACGACACAACCACAAAUCCCUAUACAACAUCAGAAAGCACUGAAAGUUCCGAAGAAGAGUUGGUCAAGAAACUUAAUGUUCUCUCACGUGAACAAGAUGUUUCGAAAUAUGACACAACGACACCCACCAUGGACGAAGAAGAGAUUACAACGAAUGAAAAUACGACUCCAAAAGUAUUUAACGUCACGCCUGAACAAAUUGAACCUUCAGAAGUUGCUCCAGUUGCUGACAAACCAACUUUGUCGAAACCAUCGAACGAAGACAUUUUGAAAGCUUUGGCUUCACUUCAAGCAAAGGUAGAAAAAUCAUCAGAAACGCCGGAGAAAGUCAUUCAAACUGGAGUUACAACAAUCUUCUUCGACGACGAUCCAUUUGCCAUUCAACCAACUGAAGUUGUUACAACUGCCAAGGCUUCCGAAAAGGCGGAAACAACAACUGAAAAACAACAAGAAACUACUGACAAAGUUGAGACAACGACAGAAAAUAAGUCCGUUACAGAAGGUCUCACAGAAAAACCAGAAACAACGACUGAAGCUGACGAAAAGACAACCACUGAAAAGGGAACAACUUUCCCAACUACAUUAGAUGUGACAACAGAAAAGUCGGCUGAAGAACUUUUAAGAGAAGCGGAAGUUGAGAAAGCUUUGCGUAAAAUCAAGGCUAAGGAAGCUUUGGGUUGCAAGGAUGACGUUGAAAUCAUUCCCAGCACAGUUUUCAAGACAUUGACAUAUCUUACAACUUUCUUCAUUCCCGACGAUACAAAUCCCGACUCAACCAGUACUUCAAUUAAGUCGAACGCUAAAGUCAGUACUUCUGUGCAUUACGCUUCACAAUGCAUUGAAGCUACAAACGUUGUGACAGAAGCCGCUGCUUCAGUUGCAGAUGAAACAACAACAUUGAAAGCAACAACCACAGAAGAUGAUUCGACAGAAAGUACAUCGACAACUGCUGAAGAUGUUACUGAAGCAAUUAGCACAACUGAAAGCAACGAAGAAGAAGAAAAAGAUACUACAUUGUCGAAUGACAUCAAGGGAACAACUGAAAUUGUCACAACAAAAAUGCAUGUGACUGAGGAGCCCUUGAAAAUCACAACGGAAAAACCAGAAAAGAAGGAUGAGGAAGAUGAAGAAACCGAAGAUUAUGACAGCGACGAAGAAAUUGACGUCAUCUACAAGACAUUGUACACUACAUACACAUAUCUUACAACAUUCUUUGUCGAUCAGACGACAUCCGUGUCAAGUCGCAAAGAAGUUGUGACAAAUGUUAUUACACAAACUCUCGACCCCAAUGAGAACUCCGACUUGAUUGCAUUGAUUAACGAUAUGGCAGUGGACAAAACUGCAUCAGCAAUUCAACCAACAAAGUCAGGCAAAGAAUUGAUUCAUCCAAAUACCGCUACAGAUGUUGGCGUUGGUCGUCCUACAACGACUUUCAAUAUUCCUGAAAGCGAUUUGAUUGGUAUCAAUCAAUUGUUGGUCGAACAAGGAUUGUUAUCUGCUACUCCAGCAUUGGAUGAGAAAUAUUAUCUCGAAACAGCAGGACCAAAAACACUUUUCACAACUUACACCUACUUUACAACCGUUUUCGUCGAUGGUGAGACAGAAAUCUCAAGUCGCACAGAAGUGUUUACCAAUAUCUUGAACAAUGAUGUAACGCCAACAGCGAAACCUUCGGAAAUUGUUGAUGCUACUGAAUAUGUUCAAAAGAAAGAUAAUGAUGUUCUUGACUCAUCGAGCGACGAGCAAUCAAUUGUUAAAGACGAAAAGAAACCUGAAGAACCUAAGAAAGCUAAUGAAGAAGACCGUUUGGAUGAUGACAAUAAAAUUGAUAAUGAAAUUGUUCAACCAAAAUACAGUACAAUGGUUCGUAAUCCAACAAGCAGUGAGCAAUCAGAUGAUGUUGUAACGAUGGUGACUGACGUCAAGAGCAGCAGCUCUCUAGGUGGCAAACAAUUCAUUGACAGAAUCGAUCAAGAAAGUUCAGAAAGUAACAAUGAGGAGGUUUUGCCAUCGCCGCAAUUGUUGUUACAAACCAGCUAUACUACAUUUACUUACUUUACAACUUUGUUUAAUCCAAGUGCCAGCACAAGCAAGAUUGAAAGUCGCUUGGAAACCAUCACAAAUAUCGUAACUGAAACAUUGAAUCCGACACAAACAUUGCAAUUGAGUGAUGACAGUGCUCCAAUUACAUACUACACAACAUUCACUUAUUGGACCACACUGUUCAAGGAUGGAUCAACAACAACCACAAGUCGAGAAGAAACCAUCUCAAAUGUAGUGAAUCCAACUGCCGUUGUUAAGUUUGAUAGUUCAUCUACCGAUAAAAUUGAUGCCACAUCAGUUGUUGUUCCCGCAAAUGAGCUCCAAACUGUUCAAGCAUCUGAAGGAUCAAGCUCAGAAGAUGCAGACAAAAAGGUAUCUAGCACAGCAGCUUCCAUUGAACCCACUACAUACUAUACAACAUACACUUACUUCACAACAUCGUAUGUUGGUGAUGAAACAGUUUUGAACAGCCGUUUCGAGACAAUCACAAACAUUGUGACGCCAACUCCAGUCUUGGAGGUUCCUGCCAAAGUUGUACCAUUCUCUCCUGUUCAAGAUCCUUUGAAACCAACUGGAGUUUUGUACUUGAAUGAAGGAAAGAUUGUCGAUGCCGAUGGAAUUAGCUCAAUCCUUUACACAACGAAGACAAUUGGUACUGUUAUUGAUGACACAUAUACACAAGUUGUAGAGAGCUCGUCUAAAGUUCAAGUUGACGAAGUCAAAAAGGCACUCAAGACAUCAGAAACAGAAGUUACACCUGGAAAUCGUAAGACUGGAUUGGUUCGUUUAUAUGACGGAACAAUUGUCGCCAAUCGCACAACUACGUUCUAUCAAUCGAAAGUCAUUGGAACGUAUAUUGAUGAAAAGUAUGCGCAAAUCAUCGAAAGUACAUCAAGCUUUGUUAUUGAGAAAACAGUUGAACCAUCGAACGUCAAUGGAUUGAGUAUUGAGCCAACAGCAACUGUUGGAUUAGAUGCUGCUAAAUCGAGUAUCAGUCCAACUCCUGCUGUGCUUGCGGGAUCAAUCAGCGAUGCACAUGACGACUCCGAAAAUGAAGACCACGACGAAGAUGAAGAUGACGAUGAAGAAGGAAGUGGCAAAUCACGGUUGUCAUACACACCAAAGAAACCAUCUUUCACUCCAGUUAUUCGUCCCUUCGCUUCUCGCCCACGACCAACAUUUAAUCCUGCCAAGAAGAACCGUGGUGGUGCUACAAGUGCCCAAACAAUCACACGAUCUGAUAUCACACCAACAAUCACGGCAACGCCAACCGUUAAGGCAGAAAGCUCUUCACGCAAUCGCUUCGGCGGUCGUCGCUCAAGUUCGGCACUAAAUAAUGCCAUCCAAAGCUCAUCUGCUGCUUCAGUUGCAAGUGGCGCCAAUUCCAGUAGUCGUCGGUUCUCUCGUCCCGGAAGAAUUAGCGCAACAGCGUCUCUUGGCGGUGGCUUGGCAUCAUCAUCUCGUGUUCGUCCCACAUCUUCUGUCAACCGCAUCCAACCAACUGUUAAUAAUUUGGCCAGUUCACGUCGUGGUGGAUUGCGCAGCUCAUCUGUGCAACCUAGAAUUAAUUUGAGUUCCGCCGGUUUCGCUGGUAACUCUCGUUUCAACCGUAUUCGACCAACUGCUAGUUUACAAGGAACAUCCCCAAGCACUGCUGGAAUCACAACAACGCCAAAUGACUUUACAGAAUCCCCUGAUGUGAUCACACACGAGGUCACACAAACAGCUACAGAUGAAAGUGUUGAAGAAGAAGUUGUUACAACGACAGAAAACUCAAGACGUCGCGGAAAUCCAUUGCUUAACUUCCGACGACCUCCGAUUUCGCGUGCUCCAGGAACAGCUGCCGGCAAUGGACCAACAUCUCGUCCAGCAGCUGCUAUUUCUACUCGCCGUAAUCCAUUGACACGUACAUCUCAGAGAACUACAACCACAACAACGACGACUACUGCUCGUCCUAAAGCACGUGCUUUCUCACGACCAUCACCUUUGCCAAUUGCUCCAAUCGGAAAUCGUCCACGACCCGCUGGAAGUAACUUAUUCCCGCCACGUAGCUUAUUGAGAACUACACAAGCUCCAAAACCAACCGAGCCAGAAGAACAAGAAAACGAAAACGAGGAAGCUGAUGACACUGAAAAUGACUUCCAUGACGACACAGAUCAAGAAGGCUCGAAUAUCGAAGAGCAAGUAGUUGAACAAGCAAAGCCUGAACCAGCUAAAGCUGUCUCAAAUACACCUAACAUUCGCCCAUUUUCUGGAUUACGUCGUCGCAGCAAGAGACAGGUUGACUACGGAACACGCUAUCAAUCUCGUUAUCAAGCACAAAGAAAGCCCAAGGUUCAAACAGUCGAUUACUACUACGAUGAUGAAACAGAAGCUCCUCCAAAGGCCACUUCUCGUACCACACAAUCUCGAUUUCGUUCCCGAUCAACGCAACAACCACAAACCAACAAUCGUAUUCGUCCCACAAGUGCCUCGUCAUCGCAAAGCCGAUCACAGUUCACAUUAAGGGAUAAUUCCAAUUCAAAUUCCCGUACAUCCAACUUUCGCCGUCCACAAACAAUCCAGUCCAGUUCCAAUAGACGUGCCUCGACCCGUUCUUCAUCCCGCUACAACCAAUACUCAAACACGAACAAUCGUAAUACCCAACGUCCUCGUACCACAAUAAGCGGUCGUCGAACAUCCUCGAGAACACGUGCUCCCAAAGUCGAUCCAUACAUUCCACAAAAUGACGGAACAAUUACAGUAACACAUCACAUUCCGACCGAAACGAAAAUCCCAAUUGUGAAUAACGGACAUACGGAAUACAAGAAUAUCAUCACUGAGAAAACAAGUGUAGAGGUUUUGGGUCCAAAGCAAUAUUACACAAGCACCGAUCCAAUGGGAAAAGUUGUGACUUUGCUAUCGAGUGACAUGACUGCAGUUAAUGGAAAUGGUUUGACAGAAGUUACGCAAUUUGUGUUGUUUGAAUCACCAACUUCGAGUGUUAUUUUCACACCAACAACAAUUCGUGGACGUCGCACUUCAUUUUCUCACAUAAUUCCAAGCACAGUUUACGACGUUCAUCCAACAGUUUCCACACAAAAUGUUGGUUUGGCAGCAAAUGCUCCACUUGCUAACAUUUUAUUGUCUCAAUUGCUCUUGGGUAACGUUGGAUUACCAUUGCAGCAACAACAAACGAUCAAUCCUCUGCUUUCGUUCCAACAGCAACCACAACCACAAAUUGCGAACACACCAAUGACGGAAUACAAAGUACGCACAACUAUGUAUGAAACGACAUUAACAAGUGCAACAUCUACCGUUUUGCCAUUGACUUUCCACGGAAAACAAAUUUUAACGACAAUCGUUGAGACAUCCACAAAUGUAAUCACCGCUACGGAGUUCAUUACUGAUACGAUCGUUGUGACUCCAACUGCAACGGCUCAAAAUCAACAACAACAAUUGAAUAGUUUGUUGCUUCCUUUGUUGCUUCAACAAGCACCUCAGAUCCAACAACCUCUUGCGUCUCAAGAAACUGGAAUUUUGAACCAAAUUCCCGACACACAAGAGAGCUUGGAACAAGACGAAAAACAAUUCGAUAACAUCCAAAGUAUUCGUGACGAUAACUCACGCAGCAAAGAAGUUGACGAAUACGACACAUACGACGAUUUGGCAGUGAAAAAGCCAGUGGAGAAACCCAAAGUAAAUCCCUUGAAGAAUUUCAAGAAAUACGAAAAUAAAAAACAAGAACAAUUUAAACCAGUUAGUGUUGCUGCCCCCAAAACAAGUGUUGUAACAUUAUACGUUUCCGGAAGACGUCCAGGAGAAUUCAGCACCGUAUUGUCGACAUACGUUGUAGGCGAAGACAGUGCCGUGAGCAAACGUUCUGCAAACUACGUCGAAGUUGUUCCUUCUCGCUUGUCGACAUUGAACAAAAAGACCGAAAUCGACGAUUUGGUUGAUAUUUAUCAAGCUGAAGCUAGUAACAACAUCGAUGAGUUCUAUCUUGCUGGAACAAAUGAAAUUAGCUUGGAUCCAAGUCACGAGCAACAACGUUUGUAUGACUCUGAAACCGCCAGUCUUGAAAGUGUCUUAGGGGACUUUAGCCAAUACUACGUCCCGGAAUCGCGUAAUGACAAAAAACAAGCAACUAGUUAUUUUUUAGGCUUUGAUACCAAUGUCAAUAGAUUUAAACGCACAACUGACAACGAUGAUUAUGAUGACGAGAUUGAUGAAAAUACUCAACAAAAAGAAAGUCCAAUAAAUACUCAUGAUAAUAUCCCUAGACGUAAGGUCCUUAGAGUAGUUAAACGUAAGCCCAAACUCUUGACAACAACAAGCAGUAAUAGUUUUGUAGAUCAAGUAAUGAGCACUCUAGUUAUUAAUCCGACGCGUAAACGAAUAGCUAUAACAAGAAAAAAGACUCGAACUGAAAAUAUUUCUUCGACGUUGCCGGAAAAAGUUACAAUUUCUCCGACGAAACGCAUUAGAAAGGUUCUCCGAACCAAAAAACGUCUCCUUGAGAGGCCAGUUGAAGAGCAAUCUGAGCAUGACGAAUCAGAUAUCCUUUCCCCAACCCCAACAACUCCUCCAACUCCCAUUAUCUAUACCACGGAAACUCACAUUCUCGAUACCGUGACAACAACAACGACGCGACAACGAACAUACACGUAUGUGGUGACGCGCGUAAAUGACGGCGAAAGUGUCGUGAUGUCAUCCACAUCAGUCAAGGACCACAUAGGACCCGCCACACUGACUGUAACGAGAACGAUUUCGUUGACAAUUACAAUUCCGCCAAUACAACAACUCAAGACCAGAAUUCCUGUGUAA